GCAGGGCUCAAGGAGGAGCGGGUGGCGGCGGAGGCUCUGUACGCGGAGAUCGGCGUGCCGCCCCCCACCGCCGCCUCCAACGGCAUCGACAAGCAUCAGCUGGUCGCUGACGUGGCGGCCGCGCUGUACGCGUCCAAGGUGUGCAGCUACGCGCAGGGCUACAACAUCAUCCGCGCCAAGAGCCUGGAGCAGGGGUGGGAGACCGACCUGGGGGCGCUGGCGCGCAUCUGGAAGGGGGGCUGCAUCAUCCGCGCAGGCUUCCUGGACCGCAUCAAGCAGGCGUACCAGCGCAACCCUGAGCUGCCCAACCUGCUGGUGGACCCCGAGUUUGCAAAGGACCUUGGGGACAGGUGGGCAGGCAGGCAGCAGAAGGCAGGCAGGCCGGCCGGCAGGAUGAAGACAUGGAGUCUGGCGGUGGGCGCGGGCAUCGCGGUGCCCGGCAUCACCUCCUCCCUGGCGUACUUCGACACGUACCGCCGCGGCAGGCUGCCCGCCAACCUGGUGCAGGCGCAGCGCGACUUCUUCGGCUCCCACACCUACGAGCGCACCGAC